CUUUCCAAGAGGAGGACUAGAUACUAUAUAAAAGUUCCUGCACACCAGGUUUCCUCACUCCAUUUGACUUCUUUCCACCCGUUCGUGCCGUGGGACACGGUCUCCCAGGCACAGGUGACAAUGGGUUCCCAUCAACAGAAAGGUGAUGGACAAGGGAUGUCUGAGUCUGGUGGAUGCCAUGGCGGCGGUGGUGGAGGAGGUUCAUGCCAUGGCGGCGGUGGUGGAGGAGGUUCAUGCCAUGGUGGUGGUGGAGGUGGAUCUCAAGGAUACCAGAGCCAAGGAUCAUCUUGCCAUGGAGGAGGCAGCAGUGGCUACGGUGGAGGUGGUGGUGCCAUUUACCAGACCCACAUAUCAUCGUCCCCCUUCGGAGGAGGAGGAAGUUCAGGCUACCAGAGCCAAGGAUCCAUCGGUGGUGGCAGCGGAGGUGGAGGAGGUGGUGGUAGUUCAGGCCACCAGGAACAAGGACACAUCUGCAUUAUUGGAGGAGGAGGAGGAGGCGGUGGUGGUGGAGGUGGUGGUGGUUCAGGCCACCAGAGUCAGGGUCCUAUCUGUAUUAGUGGAGGUGGAGGAGGAGGAGGAGGAGGAGGGGGAGGAGGCGGAGGAGGAGGUGGUAGUUCUGGUCAUCAAAGCCAAGGUCCCAUCUGUAUUGGUGGAGGAAGCAGUGGUGGUGGCGGAGGUGGCUCCAGCCACCAGGGCCAAGGUCCCAUCUGCAUCACUGGAGGGGGUGGUGGUGGAGGAGGAGGUGGUUCUGGCCAUCAGGGCCAAGGUCCCGUCUGCAUCAUUGGUGGAGGUAGUGGAGGAGGAGGUGGUUCCAGCCACCAAAGUGAAGGCCCCAUCUGUAUUGGUGGAGGUGGUGGUGGCGGUGGUUCAGGUCACCAAAGUCAGGGUCCCAUCUGUAUUGGUGGAGGAAGUAGCGGUGGUGGUGGUGGUGGAGGAGGUGGUUCUGGCCAUCAAGGCCAAGGUCCCGUCUGCAUCAUUGGUGGAGGCAGUGGAGGAGGAGGUGGUUCUAGCCACCAAAGUGAAGGUCCCAUCUGCAUUGGAGGUGGAGGAGGAGGAGGUGGUGGCUCCAGCCACCAAAGCCAAGGUCCCAUCUGUAUUGGAGGUGGAGGAGGAGGAGGUGGUGGCUCCAGCCACCAAAGCCAAGGUCCCAUCUGCAUUGGAGGUGGAGGAGGAGGAGGUGGUGGCUCCAGCCACCAAAGCCAAGGUCCCAUCUGCAUUGGAGGUGGAGGAGGAGGUGGUGGUGGUUCCAGCCACCAAAGCCAAGGUCCCAUCUGCAUUGGAGGUGGAGGAGGAGGUGGUGGUGGUUCCAGCCACCAAAGCCAAGGUCCCAUCUGCAUUGGAGGUGGCAGUAUAGGAGGAGGAGGUGGCGGUGGUGGUUCAGGUCACCAAAGUCAGGGUCCUAUCUGUAUUGGAGGUGGAGGAGGAGGAGGUGGUGGUUCAGGCCACCAGGGUCAAGGGUCCGUCUGUAUCAUUGGGGGAGGUAGCUCAGGAGGAGGUGGCAGUGGAGGUGGUUCAUCCAGUUCUGGAGGUAUGUCCAUCCAACAACAGACCCAGCCGAUCUCCUGGCCACCACAGUCUAAACACAAGUAGUGUGUGCAGAAGGGACUCUUGGACCCAGAAAACCCAAGAUACAAACGUGCCUGACAUUUCUUUCUCUGUUAAAUUAAAGAAGAUUUGCGUUAUUCCUUUCUCCUCUUUCUUGGGGUAUUCCUGUGCAGCUUCCAUCUGACCAGGCCCUUUGGUGUCAUGUAUCACUAACCUCCAGCCAGGGUGGUUUUAGAUAUCUGUUCUCUCCCUCAAUCUUCUAGUGAAUGCACAAAACAAUAAAACUUGCAGUUCUAGAGAG